CUUGCCUUUUCAUGUCUUAUUCCUUCUGGCCCUGUUCUAGCAGCAAACAAUUCCUCCAUCGGCGAAGUAUGGUGGGCGACACACAGUGACCAUGAUUCCCGGGGACGGCAUCGGCCCAGAGCUGAUGCUGCAUGUGAAGUCAGUGUUCAGGCAUGCGUGCGUGCCGGUGGACUUUGAGGAGGUACAUGUGAGCUCCAAGGCCGAUGAGGAGGACAUCAGAAAUGCCAUCAUGGCCAUCCGUCGGAACCGUGUGGCGUUGAAGGGCAACAUUGAAACGAACCACAACCUGCCACCAUCCCAUAAAUCUCGGAACAACAUCCUCCGCACCAGCCUGGACCUCUAUGCCAAUGUCAUCCACUGUAAGAGCCUGCCGGGCGUGGUCACCCGGUACAAGGACAUUGACAUCCUCAUUGUUCGUGAGAACACCGAAGGCGAGUACAGCAGUCUGGAGCAUGAGAGCGUGACUGGUGUGGUGGAGAGCCUGAAGAUCAUCACCAAGGCCAAGUCCCUGCGCAUCGCAGAGUACGCCUUCAAGCUGGCCCAGGAGAGCGGCCGCAAAAAAGUCACUGCAGUGCACAAGGCCAACAUCAUGAAGCUGGGCGACGGCCUCUUCCUGCAGUGCUGUCGGGAGGUGGCUGCCUGCUACCCGCAGAUCGCCUUUGAGAACAUGAUUGUGGACAAUACCACCAUGCAGCUGGUGUCCCGGCCUCAGCAAUUCGACGUCAUGGUGAUGCCCAACCUUUAUGGCAACAUCGUCAACAAUGUGUGCGCUGGGCUGGUUGGCGGCCCAGGCCUUGUGGCUGGGGCCAACUAUGGACAUGUCUACGCGGUGUUUGAGACGGCCACCCGGAACACGGGCAAGAGCAUUGCGAACAAGAACAUCGCCAACCCCACAGCCACCCUGCUGGCCAGUUGCAUGAUGCUGGACCACCUCAAGCUCCACUCCUACGCCAGUGCCAUCCGCAAAGCCGUCUUGGUGUCCAUGGACAAUGAGAAUGUGCACACCCCGGACAUUGGGGGCCAGGGCACCACCUCCGAGGCUAUCCAGCACAUCAUCCGCCACAUCCGAGUGAACGGCGGCGCUGUGGAGGCCUAGCUGCCUGGGCCUGCUCUACCCACGCCCCCCUUAUCUCCCCCCCCCCCACACACCGCUCCAUUGGCCAACUACAGAAUAAAGAAUAAAGUGGCCUCUGCCCCCACGUGA